AAUUGACUUUUAAGCUUCGGCCGUACCUGCACUUCUCCGAUGGAGAUGGAGCAGUCGGAGAGGGAAGCGAUCAGAGACGCUUCUGAAGAUAUUUCUCGGCAGUUCAAUACACUAGUUAACGCUAACGAUGUCGAUACGCUCAAGCAAUUGCAGGAACUAGUAUUGGGAAGAUUACAGGAUAGCAAUGCUGUCUUAUCGCAUUUCAAUGCUUUUUCGGACAAGUGCUUUUCAGGGAUUUCUGGCGAUUUAUCAAAGAAUACACUUCUCUUAAGGUCCAUGAAGAUAGACCUUGAUUAUAUAUUUCAGAAGCUGAGAAGCAUGAAGGCCAAGAUCUUGGCUACCUAUCCAGAUGCAAUUCCUGAUCCUUCAACAAUGCAGAAGCUUGACCAAAGACCAGACCUUGAGAGAUUUCAAUAAAAUCAUCUAUUCUAUUCUAAGAAGAAAGAGUAUGCUGGCUGUUAGGAUUUGGUGAUUUUGUAUUUGCAUUGUUGGUUGUAUGUUAUAUUGUUCAACUGCUUGGAUAUCAAAUAGUUCUUUACAAAAAAGAGAAGAAAAUUACCAAGGAAUUUGUAUUGUCAAUUACUGAUACUCAAAAACUCAAAACAGGUUUAUUCAUUUUUUUUU